CCCAAUUUUGCCACCGUUUGUAAUUCCCGGUUUCGCUGGAAACGCAAAUAUCUGGGCCUUUUUGAAUUUGUAGCAGAAUAUAAACUGAGAAACGAAAUGGGAGCGGUGAAGAUCUGGAACGAGAUGGAGGUUGCUGCGGAAGCUCGUCAGAACGGUAUCCCUGAAUUCCUAACGUCUAGUCUCACCGUCGAUAUCUCGCUUUCUCUCCCUCAUUUGACUCCUCGUGUCCUAGAUUUGUGUAAGGAUUUGUUCAAGAAGUGGUCAAAAUUGGAUGAUUCUCGAUUCUCUGUAGAAAGAGUAUCCGGUGGCAUCACAAAUUUGCUUCUGAAGGUUUCAGUAAAGGAAGAAAAUGGAAAUGAUGUUUCCGUGACUGUAAGAUUAUACGGGCCUAACACCGAUUAUGUUAUCAAUCGUGGACGGGAAUUGCAGGCUAUCAAGUACCUCUCGGCUGCAGGAUUUGGUGCCAAGCUGCUAGGAGUUUUCGGAAAUGGAAUGGUUCAAUCUUUCAUCAAUGCCCGUACAUUAGUUCCAUCAGACAUGAGAGAGCCAAAACUGGCUGCUGAAAUUGCAAAACAACUGCACAGAUUCCACCAAGUGGAAAUUCCAGGUUCUAAAGAACCCCAGUUAUGGAACGAUAUCUCCAAGUUUUUUGAGAAAGCAUCUGCUCUUCAAUUUGAUGAUAUCGAGAAGCAGAAAACCUAUGAGACGGUUUCAUUUGAGGAGAUUCAAAAAGAAAUUAUUGAGCUCAAGGAAUUGACAGGACUUCUAAAUUCUCCAGUGGUGUUUGCUCAUAAUGACUUGCUUUCUGGGAAUAUAAUGGUUAAUGAUGAAAAAGAGGAACUCUACUUGAUUGAUUUUGAGUAUGGGUCAUACAACUACAGAGGCUUUGACAUUGGGAAUCACUUCAACGAAUAUGCAGGCUAUGAUUGUGACUAUAGCUUAUACCCAAAUAAAGAUGAGCAAUAUCAUUUCUUUAAGCAUUAUCUACAACCGGAGAAACCUGAUGAGGUAUCUGAUAAAGAUCUUGAAGCUCUAUAUGUUGAGGCAAAUACAUUCAUGUUGGCUUCACAUAUAUUUUGGGCAUUAUGGGCGCUAAUCCAGGCAAAGAUGUCUCCCAUAGAUUUUGAUUAUCUUGGCUAUUUCUUCCUGCGCUACAAUGAAUAUAAACUGCAGAAAGAUAAGUCCUUUUUGAUUGCACAUUCAUACCUCUCAAAAUUGAAUGGUCGCUGAAACACCCAUCCUUAGCUUCUAUUUGUUAUCACAGCUGUGAUUUUCUAGUGAGAUAUUCCUUGUACAAUUUUCUUUGUCGCAGUUAUAGAAAGUUGAAAAUAAUUAACAGAUAAUUUCUAGUGGCUUGUGAUUUGUUAUUGUUGUAUUUUAGCAAUUUCUUAUAGUUUUUAAUCCUUUUUCAAUCCA